AUGCGUGCCUCUCUCUUCCUCAUUGCCUUUUCGGCUCUCGCAGCAGCUCAAUCGUCCACCCAGGCUGUGGAAGUCGGCACUGAGGUUACUACUACUGCCUCUAGUGCCCCGACUGGCACUGACAGCGAGACUGCUGGCACUGGCACUACCUCUCAGCCCGUGAUUCACACCAGCGGCUCUGAGCCCGGAUCCAGCUCCGCCGCUCCUACUAAGUCGAGCAGCGCCGUGAAGAGCACCUCGGCCAGCGCCUCUGAGACUUCCACCAAGACCAAGACCAGCCACCACAAGCCUUCCUCUACCAAUGAUGCCUCUGACUCAGCGUCUUCCUCGAAGGCCUCUGCCACCGGCAGCUCUGCCGAGAACGCCGGUGUUCCCUUGGCUACCGCCGGCCCAAUGGGCCUAGUGGCUGGUGCUGCCAUCGCCAUUUUGCUGUAA